AUGGAUUUCUAUCGAAAAAUUCUCGAUUCAACAGCGUCAAAUGAAUCAUCUGUCAAUUUACAAUAUAAGAAUCUUAAAAAUAAUGAUCAAAAUGGAAAUUUAUCGUUAACUUUACAUGCUCAGUCAUUCGAUGAACAAUCACCAAAUAUGAAUCGAUUUGAUCAGAAACAACAAUCUUCGAUUGCACCAUCAUCAUGCAGUGUAGAACGUGUAAGCUUUGCACGAAUGAUCAGUAGUAUUGAUGAAUGUAACACUGAUAUCCGUGACAAAACACCGUCAAAAAAACCACUUGAUCCACAAAAGAAUAAUGAUUACCUUCUGAUACAAUCUGAUUCUACUAAUUUUUCCACUAAUAAGCCAACAAUGAAUUGGAAUCUGUUACGAAAACGAAUAAUUGGUUUAAAAAAUAUUGACAAUAAAAUGUGUUACAUUAAUGCAGCUUUACAGUGCUUUGCAAAUACACCUCCUCUGAUCGAAUGGUUAUGUGACCGAUUUAAUGAAUUAAAUACAUGCGAGUUAUCCAAACAAAACAAAUUUUGUUCUAUUUGCGAAUUGACAAAAAUCAUUGCUUCAAUUUAUCCAUCAUCAACAAAAAAAUCUGUUCAGUCAGAUAUCUUUAUUAUACCAUCGGCUGACUGUAUUAGAACUCAUAUACAUCUUAUAUCACCUGUAUUUACUAUUGGACAUCAAGAAGAUGUCAGUGAAUUUAUUAUUAGUUUUUUACAAAAUAUGUCUUGUUGUUUACCAUCACAUUUGUCUAUAUCAUCGAUUUCAUCUACAGAAACAACUAUUGUUGAUCAAAUAUUCAAUAUUAAACUUCUAUCAUCUGGAGAAUGUUCGUCGUGCUUAUAUACAUUUAAAAAGGAAGAAAUUACUAAUAUGCUAUUGAUUGAAAUAGACAAUAUGCAUCAUUUAACUGAUGCACUUGUACAUUUUGUUGGUCAGGAAGCUGUUCGUUCAUUUUUUUGCAGCAACUGUCAUAAAUCUGUGAUACUUAAUAAACGUAUUACAAUCAGUGAAUUAUCACCAAUCUUAAUUAUCAAUUUCAAACGAUGCAAAAUGGCUUUUGAUUCAACAGAAAAGCUUUUGCAUCAAGUAAAUUACAAUGAAUUUUUAGAUGUUUCACCCUAUAUGACAUCUCAUUUAUCGAAUUCAAAUGAUAAAGAGAACAAAAAUGCACCAAAUAAUGUUCUCUACAAAUUAUACGCUGUUAUUAAUCAUGGUGGUGAUGAUCUUGGCAGUGGUCAUUAUUACUCAUAUAUUAGAUCACGAGAUGACCUUUGGUUUCUUGUUGAUGAUGCACAUUUUCGAAACGUGCCUUCAAAUGAAGUUUUUAACCAUUCCGACACUUUAAUACUAUUUUAUGCUCAUACAUUAAAUAUAUCUACAAUUAGGGAUACAUCACUACAAAUACCACAACCAUUAAUGUCUUCAAUUCUAGCUAAUUCAACAUCUAUAUGUGAAUCAACCAUAUGUUUUAAUGAGCAACUACCGAAGAAUAAAUCUUUAUUCAAUAUGAUGUCUACGACAUCACCUGAUAAUAUUUCAUCCAAAAACAUUACUGAAUCGAAUUUGGAAAAUACUCAUUCAAUAAUUAGUUCACGAAAAAGUAUCAUAGUAAAUAAUGGACCUUUUGCUGGGCAAACAGAGAGCACUAUAAUAAUUGGUAAUCAAAAUUCAAACCAUCAAAUUGAAAAGAAGAUAAAAACUGAUCAUAUAUCUAAUAAUCAUACAAAAUGUCGAUCAAUGUUUUCUGAAAAACUUUCGUCUCUAAAACGUAAAACUACUGAUGAUUCAAUUGAUGAGAUAUCUGAUGGUGAAGAAAAAAGAAAAAAAGCCUGUAAAACAUUAGCAUCGGUGGCAUCAGGUGUACCAAUUGAUGAAAUAUUUGAAGAUACACUUCCUUACAAGCACAAGUUUUAUUUAAAUGAAACUGAACUUGCCAAAAUGAAUCAAUUUCGACAACAAGAAAUAAAAAAAGAACUUGAUCGUAAAAUGCAAAGUCUAGGAUUAGCAUCUGAUCCAUCACUUUUACGAAAAAAUACUUCAAAAAUUGAAAAUUGGUCUACUUUUAUUAACAAUAUCAAUGUAAAUGAAUCUUAUAUAACAGAAAAAAAAAUUGAAACAUACAAGAAAGUUAAUAUUGAAUAUUUGAAUUUACUUUUGCCUCAUCUAAAGCAUUACAAUGCAGCUUGUGGUUUAUGCAUUCGAUCACGUUACUUUGGAAAGAAUGCAACGAGAGGAACUUCUCUACUUGUAAGAUGUAUUUUGAAAUGUAAUGGUAGUAUUUGUAAAUUUAAAUGUACUGUACACAUCAUGAAUAAUGGCAAUUGUUUUAUAACUGCAAUAAAUCGAAAAAUUUCUCAUCAUAUACGUGAAAAAAUAGGUCGUCCGAUUCGUGGAUGUAGACGACAAGCCAUUAUUGAAAAAUUUAAAGCAGGCGCUUCAGUUUAUCGAUUACACGCUCAAUAUGAUAAAGAACGAACCAAGAAUGAAAGAAAAGGUUUUAACUACGAUCGCACAGGAAAGUCACGAAAAAUAUUCAAAAAAAUUAAAGCUGAAGCAACUGCUGAAUCCUUACUUGCACCAAAUGUUACAUCAGGUAUUCUACAACUUCAUGAUCAAUUACUUGAUCAAAUUAAUAAUGAUGGAAUAAUCAAAGGUGCAAUACAACUUGUUCAACUUCGGCCAUUUUGUAUUGUGGCAUUUACUGAAGCUUCAUUACGUUUGUAUGAUGUUAUCGUCAGUAAACCAGACACAGUUUUAUCCUGGGACGCCACUGGUGGUGUAAUAAAAAAUACAACCUCAAGACAGUGUCUUUACUACGAAUUAACAGUAUCACAUCCCAAUAUCGUAUUCCCUCACAAGAAAGAUUCAUUUCCUAGACCAGCAAUGAUUUUAUCCGAUCGUGCUCAAAUUUUCCUUCAAGCUGGUCUUUAUAUAUUCAACGAAGAAAAUUAUCAACAAUUUCUUGCACGUGCUUAUCGUAUUGUCACUAAUCAACCUAUUAAGAAUGAUUUAUGGAAAACCAAUAUUCACGCUUGUUUGUCUCAUUUCAUGUUGGAUAUGCGAAAACGUAUUAAUAAAUACUUACCAGAAGGUAUUCGUGAAUUGGGAAUGUGGUGCAUAGCACUGUUAGUAAAUACCAAUAUGUGGGUCGACAUGAAAGAAAAUUGGCGCUUAAUCUGUGAAGUUUUUUUAAAUUAUUCAACAAAUGAAACAGUACAUUAUAAACAACAUUAUUCAGUUCUUCUCUCUCGCAUCAGCAAAAUCACGAAUGAUCCAAAUUCAUCAGCAGCUAUUAAUCAGUCACGUAAAAUUUUAUCAGAAUCGGUUGAUCCGUUUCAAUUUGAUGAUGAUAAUGAAAAUUUUAAUCUUGAGCACAAUUCAAUGGAUUCCAAUGAAACAAUACAAAAGAAGAAAAAAUUGAACAAGUUACAUGCUAGACGGUCGUCAGCCGAUAAAUCGAUUAUUGAUGAAGAAAAGCUGCUAAAUGAAUUCGACAGUAAUUUCAAAAACGAUCUUCAUAAAAUUUACAAUGAAUGCUAUGAAAAUCACGUAAAAUCAGCUGCUUCUAACUCUUCAUUGGAUAAACCAGCUAAAUCAAUCCGACAAUGGCUAACCUAUUUCAAUCAGAAUUGCAUACCAACAGUUGCCAUUUGGUCGAACUUAUUAAUGGGUAAUCUAUCACGUCAUAUAACAUCAUCAGCUCAGGCAUUCGACAAUUUACUUCUAAAUACACAUGAUCAAAGAACAAAUGCUAUAUCGGAACGACGUAUGUGCAUUGUUAAACGAACACAGCUUGGUACUCAAACUUAUAUGCGUUCGGAUGUUGUUUUGCUAAUACUUAUUCAAGAUAUGUUAAGAAUGACUGAAAAUUUCGCUAUUUCAUACAUGGCUACAACAACAGAAGAUACUUAUAAUGAAGUUCAUCAACAAAAACUAAAAGAAUUGCAAGAAAACUGGAGAAAAAAGAAUCGCCGUGGAUCUGGAUUUUACACUAAGAAACCCGAAACAUCGAUAAUGAACGGUUUGAAGUAUACACUAAUUGCAUCUUCAACAAAAGUCAAUGAUGGUCUUUCAAUACCCAACCUACAUGUUCCAAAUUGGUUAAAUGUUGUAAUUGGAGUAUUAAUUUCGAUUAAAUCAAUUCGUGAAUCACUUCCUUUAUCAUUAACAAUAUCAACACCUUUUCUUAAUGACAUAUUAUGUUUUAUUGAUAAAUGGGUAACUUCCUUAAAUUCAAACAAAUUACGAAAACAAAUCAUUGUGGAACAAAUGCAUAUAUCAAAUACUAAAUUUCAAAUACCAACUGAUGUUCCAAUUGAUGUGAAUGAUCAAUUAAACUUUAUACUUCAUCAGAUUCUUCUUCGAAUUAUUGAUUGCUCAAUACCUGCAAUUAAAAUUUAUUCUUGUAUAUCUUGUAAAUUUACUUUACGUACCAGAUUUAACAUAAAUUAUAUUCCGAUCAACAUGAUCGAAGGUCAAUUUCAACUUCGUCAUCAAUUACACAAUUACUUCAAUAGUUGCUUAUCCGAUCAUUUAUGUAGCAAAUGCUCAAUGAGCAUGUCUCGUCAAAUAAAACUACUUGAAUGUCCAUCUGUAAUUAUUCUGUCCAUUGAUCAUGUUAACAUUUCACCAACGAUUUUACGUAAGCCACCUAGCUCAAUUUUUUUUCAGUCAUUUUUGGAAGAUUUUAACAUUGGCUGUUCAUCGUCCAGCAUAUAUGACAUCGUUGGAUUUGUAUCUAUUCUUCCAAAUGCAGAAAAAAGAUUAAUCUUAGCUACAAAAAUUAAAGAAAGAUGGUCUAUUACUUCAAUGAAAAAACUCAUCGGAACUGGAGAAAAAUUAUCCAAAUUAUUUGCUCAUAGCCGAUUAAUUAUUUUGGAACGUGUUCGAAUGUGCGAUAGCAAUUUUACUUAUGCUAUCGCACAAUGUUGUUCCUACAUUUUUAAUGACAUUGAAGAAAAUGAUCUUAAAAUAUGCAAGACUUUGAGUGAUGCUGUAAAAAUGAUUGAAAACAAGCCGACACUUAGUCAUCUAUGUUCACUUUUAUCUUCUCAUUACACAACACAUUAUCAAUGUCUAUAUUGCCAGUGUACACCAAGUUCAUUAUCAAUUACAAAUAAGUGCAUAUCGAUUUUCCAUAAAAAUACCGAACAUUCAUCAGUAUAUGCUUCUCCACUAACACUGACAAAUAUGACAGAACUUUACUGUUCUGUCUGUAACAAGAAAAGUGAAAAUGUUAUUCUACCAAUAAAGAAUCAAGUUCAUCACCAAUAUCCAUUAAUUCUUAUGUAUUACUCAACACAAACGACUCUUCAUGCCGUAUCAGAUCUUCAUAUUGAAUUCAUUGAUGAUAGUUCACAAUGCAAAUACACAUAUCGACCUUCAUCUGUUUUAUUGAUCGAUGAAUAUAAUGCUUUAUCUGUGGUACAACUUGAAAAUCUUUUAGUCUUUUGUAAAAGUCCUUACAAAACAGCAACUAAAUUACCUACUGAUAGAAUUAAUGAAUUAUUUUAUACAGCGAAAAAAAUAGUAAUCUUUCUAAAACAGUCAACAAAAACAACAAUAUCCACACCAUUUCUACUGAAAUCUCCUCUACCUGUUCAACUUGUCAAUAAAUCAACUGGUGUAAAAGCUUGUAAGAAAUUAGCAUCAGUAGUAUCAGGUGUAUCAAUUGACGAAAUAUUUGAAGAUACACUUCCUCAAAAGCACAAUCUUCGUUUAAAUGAAACUGAACUUGCCAAAAUGAAUCGAUUUCGAGAACAAGAACUAAAAAGACAAUCUGAUCGUAAAAUGCAAAUUAUGGGAUUAACAUCUGAUCCAUCUCUUUUACGAAAAAAAACUUCGAAAAAUGCAAAUACGUCUACUGCCAUUAACAAUAUAAAUGGAAAUGAAUCUUACCGAGAGGAAAAAAAAAUUGAAACAUACAGCAAGGUUAAUAUUGAAUAUCUGAAUUUACUUCUACCUCAUAUCAAACAUUACAAUUCAGCUGGUGGUCUAUGCACUCGAUCACGCUACUUUGGAAAAAAUGUAUCGAAAGGAACUUCUCUUCUUGUAAGAUGUAUUUUAAAAUGUAAUGGUACUAUUUGUAAAUUUAAAUGUACUGUACACGUCAUGAACAAUGGUCAUUGUUUCAUAAUUGCAAUAAAUCCAAAAAUUUCUCAUAAUAUAAGUGAACGAAUAAGUCGUCCUAUUCGUGGAUCUCGGCGACAAGCAAUCAUUGACAAGUUUAAAGCAGGUGCUUCAGUUUAUCGAUUACACGCUCAAUAUGAUAAAGAACGAACCGAAAAUGAAAGAAAAGGUUUCAAUUACGAUUACACAGGAAAAUCAAGAAAAAUAUUUAAAAAUAUGAAAGCUGAAGCAACUGCUCAAUCUUUACUUGCACGAGAUAUCACAUUAGGUAUUUUACAACUUCAUGAUCAAUUAAUUGAUGAAAUUAAUAAUGAUGGAACGAUCAAAGGUGCAAUACAACUUGUUCAACUUAGACCAUUUUGUAUUGUGGCAUUUACUGAAGCUUCAAUACGUUUGGAUGAUGUUAUCGUCAGUCAACCAGAAACGGUUUUAUCAUGGGACGCCACUGGUGGUGUAAUCAAAAAUACAACAUCAAGACAGUGUCUUUACUAUGAAUUAACAGUAUCUCAUUCAAAUAUCGUAAAUGAAGACAGUUUAAUUCCAUUAACUUUCAUGCUGUCGGAAUCUCAAUCACUCCUUACUGUUAUUAAUUGGUUAAAAACAUUUAAAGAAUUCUAUAAAAAAGUACGUUUAACUUUUUAG